AAAAACAAUCUCUCUCCACACACCAAAAAAACCCUCUCUCUCUCUCUCUCGCUCGCUCUCCCUCUCUAUAUCUCUCUCCUCUCUUUUGGGCUUUUCUUUCUUUACAAGUCCUGUGCCCUACUCUCUCUCAUAUCUCUCAUCUCUCUCUAUCUCUCUCUGGAUGUUCAUCAAUCAGCGAUUCUCGGUCUUCUCAACUAGUUUAUGAAAGUAGCAAAGUGAAACAAAAGGGGGUGUUGAUAUGGCAACCCUAAGAUCGAGCUUGCCGUCGAGGCUGAGGCAGCUUUUAUCAGGCGAAGGAGCUAUUGGGGGUCCUUCUAUUAAGCUUGAUUCUGAUACUCCUCCGCAAAUACAGGCCUUCAUUGACAAGGUUAUACAGUGCCCAUUACAAGAUAUAGAAAUACCUCUUUCUGGAUUUCGAUGGGAGUAUAACAAGGGGAAUUUUCAUCACUGGAGACCACUGUUCCUCCACUUCGAUACAUACUUUAAAGCAUAUAUAUCAGGAAGGAACGACCUUCUUUUGGCAGAUGAUGUCCUAGAAGGUGACGCCUUAUUGCCAAAGCAAGCAGUCCUUCAGAUAUUACGAGUGAUGCAAAUAAUUUUGGACAACUGCCCCAACAAGGGUUCAUUUAGUGGAUUGGAGCAUUUCAAGCUCUUGCUUGCCUCAACAGAUCCUGAGAUUCUCAUAUCGUCCCUGGAGACUCUCUCAUCAUUGGUGAAAAUAAAUUCAUCAAAACUGCAUUCAAGUGGAAAGUUGGUUGGAUUGGGUUCUAUAAAUACUUGUCUACUGUCACUAGCACAGGGAUGGGGAAGCAAAGAAGAGGGAUUGGGCCUGUAUGCCUGUGUCAUGUUAAACGAGAAAACCCAGGAGGGAGGACUAAGCUUAUUUCCUCCUGACAUACAGAAUGAGUCCGACAAAUCUCAAUAUCGGGUGGGAUCCACUCUCUAUCUUGAAUUGCAUGGUGUCAGUUCGCAAAAUGUUGGGGGAUCUGAAAAAGGAGCAAGUUCUUCUGGUUCAAGUGUUAUUCACAUUCCUGAUCUCCAUUUGCGGAAGGAAGAUGAUUUGGCACUCAUGGAAAUGUGUAUUAAGCAGUACAAUGUUCCUCCGGAGCACAGGUUCUUGUUGUUGACCAGAAUCAGAUAUGCACAUUCCUUCCAGUCUUCAAGAAUAUGCAGGCUGUACAGCAGGAUUUGCCUGCUAGCCUUUAUUGUGCUUGUUCAGGCGAGUGAUUCUCAUGAUGAACUUGUAUCAUUUUUUGCCAAUGAGCCUGAAUAUACAAAUGAAUUAAUCAGAAUUGUUAAGUCUGAAGAUACAAUUUCCGGAAACACUAGAACGUUGGCAAUGCAAGCAUUGGGAUCUCAGUUAGCCGCAUAUUCAUCAUCUCAUGAAAGGGCACGCAUUUUGAGUGGCUCAACAAUCAGCUUUACUGGGGGUAACCGCAUGAUACUUCUAAAUGUUCUACAGAGAGCUAUUCUGUCACUAAAUAGCUCCAAUGACCCGUCAUCCAUUGCUUUUGUUGAAGCUCUUCUGCAAUUUUAUCUUCUCCAUGUCAUUUCUACGUCAAGUUCCGGAAGUGUUCUUCGUGGAUCGGGAAUGGUGCCUACAUUUUUGCCUCUAUUAGAAGAUUCAGAAAUGAGACAUAUGCACCUUGUAUGCUUAGCUGUGAAGACUCUACAGAAGCUUAUGGACUAUAGUAAUUCAGCAAUGACUCUUUUUAAAGACUUGGGUGGGGUGGAACUUUUGGUGCAUAGACUGCAGAUAGAAGUGCACAGAGUGAUAAAUGCAACUGUGACUAAUGAUAAUUUGAUGAAUGGGGGUGAAUCCUCGAGGCAUACUGAUGAUAUUGAUGAUGGGAUGUACAUCCAAAAGAGGCUUAUUAGGGUUUCAUUGAAAGCACUAGGAUCUGCUACCUAUGCACCAGCAAACACUUCAAGAUCUCAGAACAAUGUUUCCUUGCCUUCUACUCUGUCACUUAUUUUUAAGAAUGUGGUAAAAUUUGGAGGUGAUAUAUAUUCCUCAGCAGUCACAGUUAUGAGUGAAAUUAUUCAUAAAGAUCCUACUUGCUUUCCUGCUUUGGAUGAAUUGGGUCUUCCAGAUGCCUUCCUGUCAUCAGUUGUAGCUGGUAUACUCCCUUCAUCUAAGGCUCUUACGUGUGUUCCAAAUGGUCUUGGCGCAAUUUGUCUCAAUGCCAAAGGUUUAGAGGCUGUGAGAAGAACUUCAGCAUUACGAUUCCUUGUUGACAUAUUUACGAACAGGAAAUAUAUAUUAGCUAUGAACGAUGCUAUUGUUCCACUGGCAAAUGCUGUAGAAGAGCUUUUGCGACAUGUGUCUUCAUUGAGGAGUGUUGGUGUCGAUUUAAUCAUUGAAAUUAUUAAUCAUAUAUCUUCAAUAGGAGACCCGAAGCUCACAGGGUCUUCUGAAAAAGUCACUGGAAGUACAUCAAUGGAAAUGGACUCCGAGGACAAGGAAAACCAGGGUUCUUGCUCUAUGGUUGGUGAAUCAGAUUUAGUUUCGGAUGGAGUCAGCAAUGAACAGUUUAUUCAACUUAGCAUCUUUCAUGUCAUGGUCCUGGUUCACAGAACGAUGGAAAAUUCUGAGACAUGUAGGCUGUUUGUGGAAAAAUCAGGAAUCGAAUCUCUACUUAAACUUCUGUUACGGCCAAGCAUUGCACAGUCAUCCGAAGGAAUGUCAAUUGCUUUACACAGUACCAUGGUCUUUAAGGGAUUUACCCAACAUCACUCUGCUCCUUUGGCACGUGCUUUUUGUUCCUCUCUUAAGGAUCAAUUGAAAAAGGCUCUGGCAGCAUUUGACACAGUUGCUGGCUCUUUUCUGCUGGACCCUAAAGUGACACCGGAUAGUGGGAUAUUUUCUUCACUAUUUCUUGUUGAAUUUCUCUUAUUUCUUGCUGCCUCAAAAGACAAUCGUUGGGUAACUGCAUUACUUGCGGAAUUUGGUAAUGGUAGCAAGGAUGUUCUGGAGGAUAUUGGUCGUGUUCAACGUGAGGUUCUCUGGCAGGUUGCUCUUCUUGAAGAUGCUAAGCUUCAGAACAAGGAUAAUGGUACUGGUUCUGGUGAUGAGUCGCGGCAGUCAGAUCCAAGUACUAAUGAAAUUGAAGACCAAAGAGUGAACUCGUUUAGGCAGUUUCUCGAUCCUUUGUUACGAAGAAGGAUGUCAGGCUGGAGUUUUGAGUCACAGUUUUUUGAUCUUAUAAAUCUGUACCGUGAUCUUACACGUGCUUCUGGCCUUCAACAAAGAGAUGGCACUUCAAAUAUGCGGCUUGGUGCCAGCCAACAUCUGCACCAGCCUGGUUCUUCUGUCAGCAUUGGGUCUAGUGGCAAAAAGGAUGACGACAAACAGAGAUCUUACUAUUCUUCUUGCUGUGACAUGGUGAAGUCAUUAUCUUCUCACAUCACCCAUUUGUUUCAAGAGCUGGGAAAAGCAAUGUUCCUUCCCUCCCGUCGACGAGAUGAUUUGGUAAAUGUGUCUCCUUCCUCAAAAUCAGUCGCUUCUAUUUUUGCAUCCAUUGCCCUAACUCAUAUGAGUUUCGGAGGUCAUGUUCCUAGUGGGUCAGAGCCAUCUGUUUCUGUCAAAUGCCGCUACCUUGGUAAGGUCAUAGAUUUCAUCGAUGGCAUUCUAUUGGAUAAGCCAGAAUCGUGCAACCCUGUUCUGUUAAAUGCCUUGUAUGGACGCGGGGUCAUUCAAUCAGUUUUGACUACAUUCGAGGCCACUAGUCAGCUGCUUUUUGCAGUUAACCGAACUCCUGCAUCUCCAAUGGACACUGAUGAGGGGAUUCUAAAGCAGGAGGAUUUAGAUGAAACAGAUCAUUCAUGGAUCCAUGGUUCCUUAGCGAGCUAUGGUAAGUUGAUGGAUCACCUUGUAACUUCAUCCUUUAUUUUAGUCCCAUUCACGAAACACUUGCUGACACAGCCUCUAGUGAAUGGAGACAUUCCAUUUCCUCGGGAUCCGGAGAUGUUUGUGAAAGUCUUGCAAUCUACAACACUGAAGGUAGUGCUACCUGUCUGGACGCAUCAACACUUUACUGACUGCAAUCAUGAAUUUAUUGCAUCUGUUAUCUCUAUCAUUCGACACAUCUAUUCUGGGGUGGAAGUGAAGAAUUUGAACAAUGCUGUACCACGCCCAGCUGGUCCUCCACCAAAUGAAACUACUAUUUCUACAAUUGUUGAGAUGGGGUUUUCAAGGCCCAGAGCUGAGGAAGCAUUAAGGCAGGUUGGCUCAGAUAGUGUGGAAUUGGCAAUGGAAUGGCUGUUUUCACAUCCAGAAGAAGUACAAGAAGAUGAUGAACUAGCACGUGCACUUGUUAUGUCCCUUGGAAAUUCAGUAACAGACACAAAAGAAGAUGCUGCAAUUGAUAAUAGUCAGCAGAUAGAGGAAGAAGUUGUUCAACUUCCUCCUGUUGAAGAGUUACUAUCAACUUGUAGAAAGCUUUUGCAAAUGAAGGACUCUUUAGCAUUUCCGGUUCGGGAUCUCCUAUUACUAAUAUGUUCUCGGAAUGAUGGUGAAUACAGAUCAAAUGUUAUUCUGUUCAUCAUAGAUCAGGUGAAGCUCUCUAGUGCCGUCCCUGAUGUUGGUGGUUCCAGUAACAUGCUUGCAUCUCUUUUUCAUGUACUUGCUCUCAUUCUUAAUGAAGAUGUGGCAGCACGUGAAGUGGCUUCAAAGAGUGGACUGGUCAAGGUUGCCUCAGAUAUAGUUUCUUACUGGGUUUCUGAAUUAUGCGACAGGGGAGCUACCCAAGUUCCCAAAUGGGUUACAGCUGCAUUUGUUGCUAUUGAUAGACUAGCGCAGGUGGAUCAGAAACUUAGUGCUGAUAUUUCAGAACUGUUAAAGAAAAGUGAUGAUGGUAUUCGAAGGUCUGUGGUAAUAGAUGAUGAUAAAGUAAACAAGCCAGAGACUAAUUAUGGAUUGAAGUAUAUGGACAUCCAGGAGCAGAAAAGACUUGUUGAGAUAGCUUGUUCUUGUCUGAGAAAUGAGCUUCCUUCUGAAACAACACAUGCUGUUCUACAGUUGUGUUCUUCACUUACAAGAAAUUACUCUGUUGCACUUAGUUUUCUUGAUGCAGGGGGUUUGCCUUUACUUCUUUCGUUGCCAACUAGUAGUCUGUUUGUUGGGUUUGACAAUGUUGCUGCUGCUAUUAUCAGGCAUGUACUUGAAGAUCCCCUGACACUACAGCAAGCAAUGGAACAUGAGAUAAAGCAUAGUGUUGCAACAGCUGCUAACCGACAAUCCAGUGGUAGACUCACACCACGCAGCUUCCUUUCAAAUCUAACCUCCGUCAUUUCACGAGACCCUGUGAUUUUUCUGCGGGCUGCACAAUCUGUAUGUCAAAUUGAGAUGGUAAGUGAAAGACCAUAUAUUGUGUUACUUAAAGAUCGUGAGAAGGACAAGGUGAAAGAGAAAGAGAAGGAGAAAGACGGGGGAGAGGGAAAAGAUAAACCACAGACUACUGAUGGAAAGGGUGUGCAUGGAAAACCUUAUGAUACAAACUCCAAAAAUACCAAAGUUCACAGGAAACCUCCACCUAGUUUUGUCAGUGUGAUAGAGCUUCUUUUGGAUUCAGUAGUUUCUUUUUACCCUCUGAAAGAGGAAACGACUGCAGGUGAUAGCCCAUCAUUAAUAGAUAUGGACAUUGAUGUUGCUGCUAAUAAAGGUAAAGGGAAGGCCAUUGCUUCUGAUACUGAAGGAAUCAAAGUCAAUAACCAAGAGUCAUCUGCAUCUUUAGCAAAGAUUGUGUUUAUAAUGAAGCUCUUAACUGAGAUUCUGUUGAUGUAUGGUUCAUCUGUUCAUGUUCUGCUCCGGAAAGAUGCUGAGAUUAGCAGUUUUAAAUCUCCUCAAAAGGGCCUUGCUGGUAUGUACAAUAGUGGAAUAUUUCACCACAUUCUCCAUAAAUUUCUACCCUAUAGCCGGAACUCUAGGAAGGAAAAGAAAACAGAGGUUGAUUGGAAGCAUAAGCUAGCAAGCAGGGCUAGUCAGUUUCUUGUUGCUGCUUGUGUCCGUUCCACAGAGGCAAGGAAGCGGGUAUUUAUGGAAGUCGGUAGUGUUUUUAAGGAUUUUGUUGAUUUUUCUGAAGGUUUUAGGCCACCAGAAAGCAACAUUCAGGCUUUCGUUGAUUUGCUUAAUGAUGUUCUUGUCGCUCGUACGCCUACAGGUUCUUACAUUUCAACAGAAGCUUCUUCCACUUUCAUAGAUGUAGGUCUGGUCAGAUCCAUCACUCGUACUCUUCAUGUCUUGGACUUGGAUCAUGGUGAUUCACCCAAGGUUGCUUCUGGGAUUGUGAAAAUUCUUGAGGUGGUUACCAAAGAGCAUGUUCAUGCUGCUGAAAGUAAUACUGUGAAAGGAGAAAGUUCGACAAAGCCCCCUGACCAGAGUCUGGAUGGAAGAACAGAUAAUAGUCCCAACACAUCACAAGCUAUGGAAACUACGGUGCAACCAAAUAUGGCUUAUGUUUCAACAGAUCACGUUGAGUCUUUUAACAAUGCCCAAAAUUAUGGUGGAUCUGAAGAUAUUACAGAAGAUAUGGAACAUGACCAGGACUAUGACGGGGGUUUUGCACCGCCAAGUGAAGACGAUUACAUGCACGAAAAUUCUGAUGAUGCCAGGGGUCUUGAAAAUGGACUUGAUACUGUAGGCAUUAGAUUUGAAAUUCAGGCUGAUGUUCAAGAAAAUCUUGAUGAAGAUGAUGAUGAGGAUAUGUCAGGUGAUGAAGGUGAAGAAGUUGAUGAAGAAGAUGAAGAUGAUGAUGAAGAUGGGGAUGAUGAGGAGCACAAUCACCUAGAAGAUGAAGUUCAUCAUUUGCAACAUCCUGAUACCGAUCAAGAUGAUCAUGAAAUUGAUGAAGAUGACUUUGAUGAGGAGGUUAUGGAAGAGGAGGAUGAAGAUGAAGAUGAUGAUGAUGAUGAGGAAGGUGUUAUUCUUAGGCUGGGUGAUGGAAUGAACGGAAUAAAUAUGUUCGACCAUAUUGAGGUUUUUGGUAGAGAUCAAAGCUUUUCCAAUGAACUCCAUGUGAUGCCUGUUGAAGUUUUUGGCUCAAGACGUCAGGGACGUACUACCUCAAUAUACAAUCUCUUAGGGAGAACGGGUGACAGUGCUGCUUCCACCCAGCAUCCACUCUUGUUGGAGCCUGCUUCUUCGCUGCCAAGUGUUGCCCCCCGACCAUCAGAAAAUGUUCGUGAUAUUUUUGCGGAUAGAAAUUCUGAAAGCACAUCGAGAAUGGAUUCCAUUUUUAGGUCACUGAGACCUGGACGUCAUGGGCACCGACUCAACUUGUGGGCUGAUGAUAACCAGCAAACUGGUGGGUCCAAUGCAUCUGCAAUACCUCAAGGCCUUGAGGAAUUGCUUGUAGCCCAGUUGACGCCGCCUCAAGAAGCAAAGAAACCAUCGGAUGAAAUCCCAACUGGUGAAUCUGAGAGUAAAGGUGAAGCCAGUCAGUUACAACAAGAGAUGGUGCCAGAGACUGCUGCUGGAGAUGGCAGAAACAGUGAAACCAAUUACACACAACAUGCACCCGCUUCCACGUUGCCGGAUGCUUCUGCAGAUUCUGAUAUUAGACCUGCAGUGAAUGGAUUGCAACAUGUUGUGGAUUCAUCACGUUCUCUUCCUCAAACUGUUGAAAUGCAGUUUGAGCACAAUGAUGCUGCUGCACGUGAUGUUGAAGCUGUCAGCCAAGCAAGUAGUGGAAGUGGAGCAACUCUGGGGGAGAGCCUCCGCAGUCUGGAUGUUGAAAUUGGCAGUGCUGAUGGUCAUGAUGAUGCUGGAGAUAGGCAAGGGACAGCAGAUAUACGACCGAGGAGAGCAAAUAUGUCAUUUGGAACCAAUGUUCUUGCAAGUGGAAGGGAUGCUCUUCUUCACAGCGUCACGGAGGUCUCGGAAAAUACUAGUCAAGAAGCAGGUCAGGCCGCUUCAGCUGAGGAACAACAGAAUGGUGGUGAUGCUGACUCUAGAUCAAUUGACCCGGCUUUCCUUGAUGCACUUCCUGAGGAGUUGCGUGCAGAGGUUCUUUCUGCUCAACAGGGUCAAGUUGCCCAGCCUUCAAAUACCGAGCCUGAGCCUCAAAAUGAAGACAUCGAUCCUGAAUUUCUUGCAGCGCUGCCACCGGACAUUCGAGAAGAAGUUCUAGCUCAGCAACAAGCUCAAAGGUUACAUCAGUCACAUGAAUUGGAAGGACAACCUGUGGAAAUGGACACUGUUUCGAUAAUCGCUACUUUUCCUUCAGAACUGCGGGAAGAGGUUCUCUUAACGUCAUCUGAUGCAAUACUUGCCAAUCUGACACCUGCGCUUGUAGCUGAGGCAAAUAUGCUACGGGAGAGAUUUGCACGACGUUAUAAUAGAACCCUAUUUGGCAUGUUACCAAGGAAUCGGAGGGGGGAAUCUUCUAGACGUGGGGAUGGUAUUGGAUCUAUACUGGAUAGAGCUGGAGGGAUUGUUUCCCGUAGAUCUUUGGGGAGUAAACCAGUUGAAGCUGAUGGGGCUCCUUUGGUUGAUACGGAAGAUUUGAAAGCAAUGAUCCGGCUUCUUCGUGUUGUUCAGCCACUAUAUAAAGGUCAGCUGCAGAGGCUUCUCUUGAACUUGUGUGCUCAUAAUGAAACCAGAACCGCUUUAGUGAAAAUUCUUAUGGAGUUGUUGAUGCUUGAUACGAGAAAGCCCUCCAAUCUUUUGGGUUCUUCAGAACCUUCAUACAGGCUUUAUGCUUGCCAAAGCCACGUGACGUAUUCUCGCCCGCAGUGUUUCGAUGGUGUUCCCCCUUUGGUAUCGCGUCGUGUUCUUGAAACUCUUACCUUCUUGGCUCGGAGUCAUCCAUUUGUGGCGAAACUUUUCUUCCAGUUUAGCUUGCCUCCAUCAAAACCAGAGUCUUCUAAUCUUGAUUUAUCUCGUGGAAAAGCUGUCAUGGUUGUUGAUGAAGAUGAGAUAGAAGAACAGCAGCAGCAGCAGGAAUACCUAUCAAUCAAAUUGCUUCUAAGCCUAUUGAACCAACCUCUUUAUUUGAGAAGUAUUGCCCAUCUUGAACAGUUGCUGAAUUUAUUCGAUGUCAUUGUUGAUAAUGCUGAAAGCAAACCAAUUUCUUCUGAUGAACCUGGGCCAUCUGCAACUGAACCAGUAUCUGAACAGAAUACCACGUUGGAUGCUGAAAUAAAUACCGGCUCAGGUGGCACGUCAUCUGGUGCCGAUAAAUUAGCGAAGGCUGAUGAGACUUUAAAACUCUCAGUUAGAAGUUCAGACACAGAGUUUGAUUCUGAAAAUAUUUUGCGGAACCUUCCACAAGCAGAACUGCGACUUUUAUGUUCACUGCUGGCACGUGAAGGCCUGUCGGAUAAUGCCUAUGCUUUGGUGGCUGAAGUGUUAAAGAAGUUGGUUGCAAUUGUUCCUGUCCAUUGUCAUCUAUUUAUCUCUGAAUUAGCUGGUUCUGUACAAAACCUUACUAAAUCUGCCAUGGAAGAGUUACAUAUGUUUGGGGAAGUAGAGAAGGCUCUACUGACUGCUACAUCUUCUGAUGGUGCUGCUGUUCUUAGAGUAUUACAGGCUGUAAGCUCACUUGUUUCUACCCUUUCUGUGCAAGAUAAAAAUGGUAAAGUUCUUUCUGAAAGAGAACACUCUGCUGCCCUUGCUCUACUUGGGAACAUCAAUGGUGCUUUAGAUCCUUUGUGGCUUGAACUGAGCACCUGCAUAAGCAAAAUAGAGAGCUAUUCAGAUUCACCACGAGAUUUGUCAUCCUCUGCCGUGGCUUCAACAUCAAAACCAUCUGGUGUGAUGCCUCCGCUCCCAGCAGGAACACAAAAUAUACUACCAUAUGUAGAAUCUUUCUUUGUGAUGUGUGAAAAGUUGAAUCCCGCGCAGUCCGUUGCAGGACAUGAUCUUGGUGAUGUUGUGGUUUCUGAUGUGGAAGAAGCUACCACUUCUGAUAGUAAGCCGAAAUCUUCAGGGUCGGCUCCGAAAGUCGAUGAAAAGCAAAUGGCAUUUAUUAAAUUUUCGGAUAAGCAUAGAAAGCUUCUCAAUGCUUUUAUCCGGCAAAAUCCUGGUUUGCUUGAAAAGUCUUUCUCACUUAUGCUGAAGGUUCCUCGCUUUAUUGACUUCGACAACAAACGUGCUCAUUUUAGAUCUAAAAUCAAACAUCAGCAUGACCACCAUCACAGUCCCUUAAGAAUUUCUGUCAGAAGAGCUUACAUACUUGAAGAUUCAUAUAACCAGUUGCGCAUGAGAUCAACACAAGAUUUGAAGGGUAGGUUGACUGUGCACUUUCAAGGGGAGGAAGGUAUAGAUGCUGGGGGCCUUACGCGGGAAUGGUACCAGUUGUUAUCUAGGGUUAUUUUUGACAAGGGAGCACUACUAUUUACCACAGUUGGGAAUGAAUCAACAUUUCAGCCAAAUCCCAAUUCUGUUUACCAAACAGAGCAUUUGUCAUACUUCAAGUUUGUUGGAAGAGUCGUUGCAAAAGCACUGUUUGAUGGUCAACUUCUUGACGUCCAUUUCACUAGAUCCUUUUACAAACAUAUCCUUGGUGUCAAAGUGACUUAUCAUGACAUCGAAGCUAUUGAUCCUGAUUAUUUUAAAAACUUAAAGUGGAUGCUUGAGAAUGAUAUUAGUGACAUCUUAGACCUGACAUUUAGCAUCGAUGCUGAUGAGGAGAAGCGGAUCUUAUAUGAACAGGCACAAGUAACUGACUAUGAACUUUGUGAGAAUGGCCGAAAUAUUCGUGUCACUGAGGAAAACAAGCAUGAAUAUGUUGACUUAGUCGCGGAACAUCGUUUGACCACGGCUAUUCGUCCUCAGAUAAAUGCCUUUCUGGAGGGGUUUAAUGAACUGAUUCAAAGGGAUUUAAUCUCUAUCUUUAAUGAUAAAGAAUUGGAACUGUUAAUUAGUGGGCUACCAGAUAUUGAUUUGGAUGACAUGAGAAUGAAUACCGAGUACUCAGGGUAUAGUGCUGGGUCUCCUGUUAUACAGUGGUUUUGGGAGGUUGUACAAAGUUUUAGCAAGGAGGAUAAAGCACGACUCUUACAGUUUGUUACUGGCACCUCAAAGGUACCUUUAGAAGGGUUCAGUGCGUUACAAGGAAUUUCGGGCUCACAGAAGUUCCAGAUUCACAAGGCAUAUGGCAGCGCAGAUCACUUGCCUUCUGCUCAUACAUGCUUUAACCAAUUGGAUCUACCAGAGUAUCCGUCAAAGCAGCAUUUAGAGGAGAGACUGCUUCUUGCCAUCCAUGAAGCCAAUGAAGGGUUUGGAUUUGGUUAAGGCCAACAAAAUAAAAGGAGCAAGGACCGUGUAGAUAAAAUCAUGAUGUCAAAAGGGGAAAUCAUGAGAUGAGGAUUGGAAAAUGUUUGAAAUUUCCAGCAGAUACAUGUUUAAUACUGUACAGUCAAUUUGUUAUUGCAAGUACUCAAUGGUUUUUCGAAUUUGUCAAUUAUUUCAGUUUUUAGAUUCACGAUUUUUUGUGACAAUGGUGAAUAUUUCAAUAUUUAGGAAUGCAUCAUCUUUUUUGGCA